UAGCACUCGACAUGAGCGUGGCACGACUGGUAUGUGCGUGGUGCCACGUAAUGUGAACGAACGUGAGCCAGUACGAUUUUGAGGUUAUGUUGCGUCGCGAAUAAUAAAGUGUUUUUUGUUAAGAUCGCGUCAGGAUGGACGAUUUUGGAAUUACGUUGUCGCCUAUCCAGAAAAAGAGCCUAGGAACCGAGUGCUCGGUCGUUUCGGAGCUGGCAAAGCAUGUUCGAGUAAACAGUGUGAGUGGCAUCAGCACUUGUCUCCUCCAGCUCAAGAACGAUUCGAAACGCUGCAAGGAAUUUGCGAAACAAGACAAUGGGCUAGAUAUUCUUGUUCAGCUUUUGUGCCACAAGAACCAUGCGAUACUGAACAUGAGUCUGAGCAUUCUCGCAAACGCCUGCAUGGCCCACGACGCCAGAGAAAAGGUAAAAAGCAGCAAGAUAGGAUCCAAUAUAAUAUCCAUAAUAAAGAAUCUCAAACUGGACAGUAAAUUGCACUGCCGUGCCUGUAGACUUGUCAGUAAUUUAUCGGAAUGUAGUUGGCAUGCCAAUAAAUUGUACGAUGCCGGAGUGGUGGAGACACUCACGGCGCUUUUGAAAUCAAAAACCGAUAUGCAAACUUAUUUGAUGGCUGUUAGAGCUAUAAGGAAUAUCUGGAGCUAUCAUGAGGACAGCAGGGAGAAGAUGCUGACAGAGUAUGAGAUUGUCAAACUCGUCGCUCAGAUAUUUGUCAUGGCGAUGAAGACGUUUGAGGUGGACGCCAAAUAUGUCGAACUCGUGGACGCGUGUCUAAAAGCGAUGCAUGUAUUUCUUCAAUCAGCGAUGAUCGGCAAGGAUGUUGAUCCCCGCUGCGGUCUACAGAUACAGGUCGACGAGCACAAGCAGGGCUACAAGUGUCUCGUACAGUGCUGUACGAGCACCGAUUUCAGGUUCAACAAUAAAAUGGCCCUCAAGUGUCUCUACAGUGUCUGCAAGAUAGCGGAAUGCCGAUUGUUGUUAGGCACUUGCGGCACAGUAGAGCAGCUCAUAGCUCUGAUCGAUUCGGCGAGUAGCGUCUCCAGUGGUCUGUCCGAGGAGAUAUUAUUUAGUCUAUGUUUGUUCAGUCGGGAAGCGGUGAAUCGGGCGAGGAUCAGGAACGACAACGGGCUGCAAUUGUUCAUUAAGCUGUUGAAGAUGCCCGAGCACGAGCGUUAUCAUUCCGUGCUCCUGCAUGCGCUCGUGCACUUCUAUUACGACGACAUCGCCUUCGAAAUCCUAGCGAAACUCGAUCUAGUGGAGAUUCUAGGAGCAAAACUGACGAGCAUGGCUGCUAUGGCCGUGAACGACAGCAAAGGCAGUAUGUCCAAAAAGCGUCUUGGCGAUCGUUUGUCCAAUGAGAAAACCUUAAAGUAUUUGAAACAAAAUUUUCCGGGCAGAUAUAGCAUGGACUUCCAUCGAGACGACUGGAGUCCGCGAAGCGGUACAAGCGGUUAUUCCUCGUCGCCUCCUAGCACGCCACCCUUACCGCAUUAUGAUUUAAACACCGAGGCUGAUGACGUUACAGACGAUAACGUUUACAGUCCAGUCUGUAGCGAUACGGAAUACGGUGACAAUGAUGACGAAUUGUUAGCGGAAGAAGCCCUUUCGCUGAAGAGCUACAAAUCACUGACGAUCGAAACGGAUAAUUCGAGCGAUUCCGACACUUCUAACAAGACCAGUGCUCGCUACUACAUGUCAAUCGCGACACUGACGUUGUUAAAUAAAUUGAGUCUCCUUCCUAAACCGAUUGAGAGAUUGGCCGAUCCCACGAUGAUCAAACCGUUGCUGACUUACAUAAAAUACACGAAAAAUGCUAAAGCUUCCGAGAUACUGAUCAGGAUCGUGAGACACGCAACGUACUUUAUUCCACUGUUGAAGCAAGGUUUCGCGUUCGAAGUGCAGAAUCUGUCGGAGCCGGAGCAAUACAUGCAACCGUUGCGUGAAACGGCGGAGACCGGCGGCUCAGUCGGCCAGUUGUCGUCGAUAUUGCUGCGCGACGAAGAGAAGUACAAGCUGAUCAUUGCAGUGUCAAUACCGCUUCUCAUCACGUCGCCUUCCAAGCUCAAGGGUCUGCUGAAGAAUAACGGUGGGCUGAAGCUGAUAUUUCGUAUGCUGACGGAACCGUCGCACGAGCUGCACGAACGGGCGAGCUGGUCGAUCUGCCAAUUGGCAAGGACGUUGCAGAUUCAACCUGAACUGAUGGUCGACCGGUCGACCACCGUAACGGCGACGACGAACGACGACAGAUCGUGUGACUUCAAGCCAACGGUGUCAUCGACGGUGAUGUUCGAGUUGGACGACGGAAUGACCGUGGAGGCGUGCAGGCGGACGUUGUGCCAGCGCUCGGACGCCUUCUCCGCCAUGCUGGAGGGUAACUUCAACGAGUCGGGUAAGAAGCGAGUGCGGCUGAGAAACACGUCGCGCGACGGCCUGAACACGCUCAUAUUGGCGAUGAGCGGCGUCGCGUACGAGCACAGAAGCAUCGAGUCUCUCUUGGACGCCGUGUUGCUGGCCGAUAAAUUCCUCAUGCCGGAUUUAUCGGACACGCUCACCGAGAGCUCCGUGGCCAAGCUGAGCCACGAAAAUUUUAGCCGCGCCUGGUGCUGGGCCAGAAGCAAUUCCUGCGACGAACUUAGGUCGUACUGCAUCAAGAGCUUCCUCACCGCGAAGAUGUCGUGGAACGAGACGGUGAGCGCGUUCCGCGACUUCCACGCCAGCGGCAUCUUCGACGAAUUCCUGCGCGAGAUCAGGGAGAUCGUCGUGGACGCGCUAUGCCAACACUAGAGGCAUCGGACACAGAUUCAAGUAGAGAUCUGUGAGAAAUUGUGCAAUUACACUAGAAUUAUGCAAUUACUGCGUCUGGAGACGUAAACUGUAAAUUUGGACAAACUCGUCACUUGUUAUUGUUAAAUUUUGAUCUCUUAUUUAUGUUGAAAUUUGGCUUGCAAGACUUCGCGAGCUCUUGAUGCAUUCUUCAAUUGCGAAGCCACACGAUGAUCAAGUACAUCCUUGUAACAUUCUGUCUAUAUUAUCGAUUCUGUAUAUAUUCCGAGAUAUCGAAAUUUAUAUUCACCGGAUUAAAUCGAAACUCGAAGUAUUUGUAUAUACACAUACGACAAUACAAAAAAUAUUUAAAAUCUUUAA